ACGCAACACAAAGCGCCUCCUACAUCCGCUGAGAACCGCUAUCUGUCAGAGAAAAACAUCCCAAGCAGGAAUCCGCUAUACGGACAUGUCUUGACUCCUCCGCUGCUACAUAAACGCUCAGUGUCGUUAUCUGGAGCUUCUCUGGAGACCCAAAGAGAACAUGCCCAAGGAGAGGUAACCGGACCCGGACUGCUGCUGCCUCCUCAGCCGGCUGAAGGACGGAGCAGGACGGACAGACACAGAUGGACAGGCCGAGCAGGCUGCUGCUGCUGUCCGAGCUCCGCGUCAGAAACACGGCGUACGAUGUGAGCCUGAGCCGGUCCCUGCUCACCUGGAAGAGACGUGUCUCCAGCCCGGUAUACCACCCGUUCAGACCCAGUGUGUCUCACAGUGUGUCAGUGUCAGAGAUCAUCUCUGUCAGAGAGGAAGAGGAGGAGAACAGCAGCAGAAGAAGAGAGGAUGGCAGCUGGAAAAAAAUUGAAGAGGGGGAAGAAAAGGACUGCAGGCAGGCCUUCACAGUGCUGUAUGUGGAGCGAUGUCGGCAGCAUCGCUGGCGGUGUGCUGAGGUCACCUUCACAUGUUCAGACGGGGCGCUGUGUCAACACUGGAUCAGCAGCAUCAGAGAGCAGCUCGCCACUAUCACCAGCAGGCCCAAACACCUGCUGGUCUACAUCAACCCAUAUGGCGGGAAGCGCCAGGGCAAACGCAUCUACGAGCAGAAGGUCGCCCCGCUGUUCGCCCAGGCUGGCGUCUCCACACAUGUCAUUGUGACGGAGUAUGCCAAUCACGCAAGGGAUCACCUAAAGACGGAGGCAGAGCUGAAGAAGUUUGAUGGUGUGGUGUGUGUCGGAGGAGACGGCAUGUUCAGUGAAAUCAUCCACGGGCUGAUCUGGAGGACGCAGAUCGACAACGGUGUAGAUCCAAACUGUCCAGAUGAAACAUUGUCUGGCUGCUCGCUUCGCAUCGGGAUCAUCCCUGCAGGUUCCACAGACUGUAUCUGCUUCGCCACUGUGGGCACCAAUGACCCUGUGACCUCUGCACUGCACAUCAUAGUGGGAGACUCUCAGCCAAUGGACGUGUGCUCGGUUCAUCACAACAACACGUUCCUGCGAUACUCGGUCUCCCUGUUGGGUUAUGGUUUCUAUGGCGAUGUGCUAACUGACAGCGAGAGGAAGAGAUGGAUGGGACCGGCCAGAUACGACUUGUCAGGUCUGAAAAUGUUCCUGACUCAUCAUUACUAUGAAGGAACAGUGUCCUUUCUGCCAGCCAGAGGCAUCAUAGGAACGCCACGAGAUGCAGCCAGGUGUCGAUCUGGCUGUGUGGUUUGUCAGCACAAUGGGCAGCUCCAUUCAGAGAGAGCUGAGAGCUACGAGAUGGAUGACGUGUCAAACUGCGAGAGUGAUGGAGAGUGGAGGACGAUCCGAGGGAAGUUUCUAGCAAUUAACGCUGCCAGUAUGAGCUGUGCUUGUCCUCGCAGCCCCAAAGGCCUCUCACCUGCUGCCCACCUCGCCGAUGGCACCACUGACCUCAUCCUGGUCCGAAAAUGUUCCCGCUUUGACUUUCUCAGACACCUCCUCCGACACACCAGCAAAGAUGACCAAUUUGACCUGACUUUUGUUGAGGUCCACCGGGUGCGACGUUUCCGCUUCAUGCCACGUCACUGCCAGAGUGACUCAGAGCUGGAGCUGGAUCUGCAAGAGAAUAGCAAACACCAGAUCUUCAGCCAGAUCUGCCGAGACCACCCGGCUUGUGGCUGUGCGCCUGCCUACAGCAGCUGGAACUGCGAUGGCGAGAUCCUGACCCACACGGCCAUCGAUGUCAGAGUGCAUUGCCAGUUGAUUAACCUGUUCGCACGAGGAAUCGAAGAGGCGCCAGUGUUCGAGGAUCUCACCAACCCAUGUGCAAUAUGAACACCCCCACCCUUUAUUCUCUGCCAGACACUGGAGCUGUCUCUCUGUUGCCGGCCACUGCCUGCAGCACUGCUUCCGUCACCGUCGUUGCGAUGCUCAUCAUCACACUUCUCACUUGGAGAAGUUAUAAGAUUUGCUGACUCAGCAAUUAGUCACGCUGUUACUCAACAGAUGUCAGGAGCACAAACGGAAGCAAAACUUUACUCUCUGGGUCAAAAUGAUUUCCCGAUCUCUUUUCCUCGAAAUGUCCUGAACAGCUUUACGUGUAUUCCCUGAAAAAUAGGAAGCUGCUGGAAAUCAGGAAGUCGUAGACCCAAAGAGUGAAGCUUGACCCUCGGAUUUUGUUUGGAAUGGUUGCUGGGUGUCUGGUAUCUGCUUUAUUUAAUACUCCACUCCAGCGGGCUGUACUACGAUGCAAGUUUGACAUAGCCAGGCUUUCUGUGUGUAAGCCAGCUUGAUGAAAACUAAAGCCUCAGUCAGAAUUAACAGGUAUCAUGAAGGUGGUUAUCAACUUUUUUUGUUAACUCAGACUUUCUCCUUCAGACUUGCGGAUGCUCACACAAAAGAGGACACUUAACACAUCAUUUAACUCUUCUUCCUCGCAAAAUAAAAUGAUCGUGAGCAGCUGCUUCAGUCAACAGGCUGCUUUAAUGGAGAACAAUGGGGGAUAUAAAAAUGUAUGAUGGUAAAAAGCUGCUACAGCAAAUGAUGCAAAACAGGAAUGCAGGUAGAAAACUGCUAAACGUGCGUUAAUGUAUUUAUUUGACCGAUCACUGCAGCUGAUUAUUUCUGACAGCUGCACAAUUAAACUAUUGAACUUUAAACUUUAUUUAAUCAAACAUGAUAUUGUAUUGAAGUGCAUUUAGGCUUGGCACUGUUCAUAAUGCAGGAUAUCAGUUUAAUUUGUAACCAGAUCAAAGUGAAAUUAAUGUCACUGAUUGAAUAUUCUCUGUAGUAAAUGCCAGUAUAAUUAUCAGUUUUCUAACCAGUAUUCAAUGAGCUGCAGUACCAGCGGUUACACAGAUUUGACAGUAAAUCAGGACCAAACUUAACAUAUUCGUACAAUGUCUGCAUCACCAACUAAAUACAUGUAAGUUCCCAUGACAACGUGAUGCAUACAGUGUGUGAUACUGUAACUACACGGUUUCAUUCAGUGGUUGUGGUAUUAUACAACUCAUGGUGUUUACAGAUGAAACGUUUUCCCUCAGCUGAGAAUCUGUACCGCUCAUAAAGAAUCAUCAGGAAAUGCUUUGGUUAAAGGGAUGCGCUUGUUACAGAUGAUUUUAAUCUAGAACUCUGAACAAAACCUGCUCCGGACCAGGUUAGCUCCACAGUAUCAGUUACCGUGGAGAUCUAACCAGGUAAAAACAGAGCCACCUUCAUGAAACUAAAAACUCCGACGUUCGGCUCAACAUACCUGCUAACCCAUUAGUUUCGCUUCGUAGUUCAGCCCCCAGGUCUGAAACUGAGACAAGCUCCAUUUGUCAGUAUUUCAUAUACCAAAAGUCAAAGCAACAUGGACUUUUGCAUGUGUGUGUUGCUUAAAAAGUGGUCACUGCCUAUAGAAUGGCCUGCAGAUCACAAAUGAAGUCCAAUGCCUCUGGUAACUCAUUUAUUUCUGGCCACACAGGAACUGCCAAAGGUCAUUUAGAUUUCCCUCAGUCCGUCCUCUUGCUGUUCAGACUUGCUAGGUUCUGACCUGUCUCACUUUGGUGAGUGUUUGACCUCAGCUUGUCAUGACUCAGACUUGUCUCUGUCUAAUGUGUCUUUUCAGGUGGAGGUGUGGUGACAGGGUUGUGUCUCAGCCGGACUCUGCUUUGUCUUUGCGCUGCUGGUGUUUAGGCAGGACUGGAGAGAUGCACAGCCUAACUGUUUAUAGCAAAAGUCUCUGUCUGAUCACUCAGUUUCACAGGUGUCUGGACUUCUCCAAGUCUUGUGGGUGAAAUGAGUCAGACCUGAAAUAAAUCAGUCUGGUCUCAGUGUACUGACAUGGACUUGUAGUGACUCUGACUCAUAGUCUCUUAGGGUCCUGCUGUUGCACUUGUUUCAGUCUUGUGGUGGUCAGAGUUCUCUUGAUGUCUAUUUACUGAAGUUUUGGCAACCAGCUUCACCUGUUACUGUCUUUUGUCUUCACCAAUGCCAGAUCUUAUUUAGUUGUCUGUAGAGCCGGCUGUUGGUUCUACAGAGUAUCUGUAACUUUGUGUUUCCACCUUCUUUACUACAUUGAGAAGUUUUCUCUGUUUAGUCUUAAUUUUGCGAUUGUUUUGGAUUUGGAUUUUUCCUGGUCUUACAGAGGACUUAUCUGGUUCUUGGCCAUUGGUUACUUUACCUGUAUUGCGACAAAGCUGAAACUGCUUUGGCUUGGACUAGUCUUGAACUAGAAUGUGCAUUAAUGGUAAGUUUCAGACGUGAGUGUGAUUUCAAUAUUUUUCUUUUUUUUUCUGUGUCACUCUCUGCCUAAUGAAUAUGAUGAUUUGGAUUCAGCUUGGACUCAACUUAAGCUGUCAGCCCUGCAGGUUAGAAUAGAUGGAAAACUUUGGUAUUUAGUCAGCAUUUUAGUGGAUUAGACAUUCUUACACAAACUUUUGCUUAUUUGCACUUUUUGUAUAGUUUAAGUGAUAUCCUUGAUUUGGAAUUAUCUGUUACAUGUUUGAGGGAUGCCAGACACCUGCCAGUCAUUCCCAGGAUCAUGUGAUCAUUAGGGGUCAGAGGUGAUUUACAUUCAUAAAAGCGGAAAGUAAACCCCUUGCAGGUGGUCAGUACCUACAAAGAAGAGUAGUGCUGACAGGUUUGUUUUCCACUGCUGACCUUUACUCUGACAAACACCAACCUCGUAUUCUGCUUGCAAAGAUUUCUGCUCCUCAGACAGGUUCCGCUACGUUACUCAGGAAAACCUGAGCUGACUCCUAGCUCCCCAAGCCUGUACGCUUACCCAUUUGAAUUCACCGAAGUUCAGAAAAAAAGACGAAUGUCAAAUUUUGAUUUUAAUCAAAGAGAUUUUGUCAGUCAGCCUGGUCAUGGUGCGCGCGGCAAUGUUUCUAAUCUUCCAUUUCUGCUCAAUAUGCAAAAGAACUUAGUCUGAGCAAAGCUAGAACACAACUGAAAACAUCAAGAAUUCCUGCUUUAACACACAGACUGUUUCUGUCAUCAAAAUGAUCUGUAGCUGUGUCUUCUAUUUACUGUCAGUAUCACAUGAUGUUCUCAUCUGUCAGAGUUAAUUUUGUCCCAUAAAACCUUAAAAUAGUCAUCUGAACCUUUCACAGUUCAAAUAAGUUUUUCCAGCAACACAAAUCUAUUUUUGUAAACAAAUGCCUUCUUAAUUAAUUUUAUUCCGUCUUUCAAAGCUGUUGCAAGAUACACUUCUUGGCCAAAAGUAUGUGGACAGCUGGGCAAGGCAGCCAUAUUUUAUCAGUGAAACACUUAUUCCACAAGCCAGCCUUCACUGGCUGCAGGGAUUUGCUCCCACUAAGCCAAACAGACAUGGUAUUGGGGGAUAAGGUCAGGCUCUCUGUUCAUGUUCAUCCCGAAGAUGUUGGGCUCUGUGCAGAAAGGUCAAGUUCUUCCCCACUAAACUGAGAAAACCAUUUUAUAUGUAUCUGACUUUUUGCACAGAGAGGUUUUGAAAAUGAAAAGAGACAAAAAUGGUGACAAACAGUUCAAACUAUCUGAACAGUUACACCUGCAUUUAUUAGCCUAUCAAAGAACACGGCGGAGUUAUUUGACGAUCAGCUUUGGUUUGUCUGUCGGCAACAUUACACAAAAACAGACUAACGGAUUUGGAUGAAAUUACCAGGGAAAGUCAAAAAUAACACAAGCAGAAAGUUGAUUAGAUUUUGGCAGUGAUGCCGCUUAUAGUCUGGAUCCGUGGAUUUGUUAAAGAUUUCUGUAUCAUUUUCUUGUUACUCCGCAAAGGAACACGGUGGAGUUAUGUGACAAUUGUCGUUGAUUUGUCUGUCCGUUUGUUAGCAACAUUACUCAAAAACGGACACAUAGAUUGGAAUGAAAUUUUCAGGGACAGUCAGAAAUGAGACAAGGACCAAGUGAUUAGAUUUUGGUUGUGAUCCGGCUUAUAGUCUGGAUACACAGAUUUGUUAAAGAAUUCUGUAUCAUUGAUAAUGGCACGGUGUCACUGUAACUAUGACAACAAGUGAAUUGCGAUCCUACUACAAAUUGAUGGCUGCGGACUUAUCGGGACUUGUCCGUCCAGAAAUGAUACGACUGAGCAGCCGUGGCGUAGCAGUGCGCUCUCUGAGUUCUUUUUUGUACAUACUCUACCAUCAGCAGUGCUGACCUAAAUGUUCCAGAUGGAACUUCCUCGGUAGAAAUUCCAUAAUAUAUGAGCAAAUAUGUCAGUUUAAAAAGACUACUGAACAGUUUGGAUCACAGAUUGUACCCAACAGAUGUUUCAUAUCAUCUCAGUGGAUGUCCUAUACCAAACAGUAUUGGUUACAUUUGAAUGGUUCGAACAGUUUGAACCAUUACAACACCAUUUGUUAUGCAUGCUAACAAAGUGGCUGAAGUUACAUAACUGACGGUUAGUCUUGGGUAAAAUUGGGCCUCAAAAAUAAUGAAAGAAUACAAUCUGGUCUUUAUUCCUCAUUUAAUAGACGUGCAACCCUCUGCAGCAUUUUUGACGGGGAACACUGAAACUAAGAACGUGUAAAGGUCUGUCUACAGACUUUUGGCUGGCUGUGUUUAUUAUUAUUAACAUACUUUAAUUUCUUAGCUUAGUCAAACAAAAAACAGAAAAAAACAAAACAAGUGAAUUCAUCUCACUGUGAGUGAUGUCAUUUUGUGAAUCUGCAUUGUGUUGAAGGAAGUCUCUGUAAAGUCCAGUGUUGAUAUUCAACCAUCUGCUCACACACACAGAUUUUUCAUUGUUGAAAACCUUCAUGGUAGACUGCUCUGAGCAUGUUGUAGCCGGACGUUAACAGUCUCUGUAGCUGCUGCUCAUGGUGGCCAGGAGGUUCAUUUUUGCAGAAAAUAUAAUCUACAUGUAGCAGCAUCAUGUGUAAUGUGAUUAUUUUUUCCCCUGAGGUCUUUCCACACAUAUCUGUUCAUAAUAUCACAAAAUGUCCAGAUCUCAGUCCUUCUCUGCGGAGAGUCAUUUCUUUGAAUGGAGAUUAAUUCAAACUUGGACAGUAGGUUGAGCAUCAGCACUGGACUGUCAGACUGUAAUGGAUGCUGUUUGUUUGUCUGUUGUUUGUUUGUUGAUCAGCAGUCCUGUUUCCUUUCUGCAGACAUCGAGCUGGACUCACACUGGCAGAUAAGGAAACCAGUAGCAGCUCACGGUGUUCCAAAGCACCAAUCAAUCAGCUUUCAGCUUUAUCCUGAUCUUGAUCUGACCAAAUAAGAGCUGGGGUUUUCAAAUGUAGCUGUUUAUCUUUCUGUCUGAUACUGUGAUGGUUGUAGCUCAGUCAAGAAGUCUUCACGGGUUUCCAGUGUUUAACCAAAUCCAAAGCAGAUCGUUGAAACUUACUCAAGGAUAAUUAGUAAUCCAAAAUCCUUAUUACGGUGACUGUAAUGAAACCCGGGCCCACCGAAGGCCACAGGUUGAGCCUCUGGUGCUUGAGACCAGGUGGACCUGUGAAGACCUAUAGCUGAGCCUCACAUUGUCUCUUGUUGAUUUAUGUCCUGAAGCUGUAUUCAUGUACAAUCAGAAUCUGCUGUAAACCCCCAAACAACAAACCAAAUGUGCACACAGAGGUCGACUGAUGAAAUAUUACUGAAAUGGAUUUUUAAUUAGGAGAGGAUAGCAAAUCUUUCAAUUCAGUGGGAGCUGAAUCAAACAUUUAGCAGCUGGUCAACCCAGAGACAUGUAAAUUUGCAUGCUUUUGUGAAAUAGUCAGUGCUCAUCUAAUAUUGGAAAUGCAGAGCUACUAUAACUGGUGAGCUAACCGCUGAAAUGCUAAAUAGGCCAGAAAAUGCCGGCCAUAGGUCACCAUCAAGCUCAGCUGCUGACUAGCGGAAUAGCUUAACUAUCCAGUCAUGCUAGCAAGCUGCCAACUUUGCUACUAGAUAACGCUGCAGUCGCACAAGCACAAAAGGAGCCUGUCUUACCAUCAGUGUUGUUAAUCAAAGCUUGAUGAAGAAGUGACCACGCAAUCUGGAAAGCUAACAGCAGAUGUAGCUAGGAAGCUAUCGUUGGUCAAAGACAACAGCUUGUCUCUAAUUUACUUGUACAGCGCCUUUUAUUCCCUGCUAUUACUGGCAUUUUGGUGCCUUUAGCCAGCUUUCAACUGCAGGAACUCUGGCCAGGCGUGAGGUUGCACAAACAUUUGCAGAAACCAUCCCCUAAGCCAGCCUUUCAACCACACACAAAGGUUUGAACCACCCAAAAUGUCCUGCACAUCCUACUAGUGCAAAUGGCUUGUUGUCAAGUUAGCAUUAAAACGGAAUUCAUCUCCAAAAAAUAUAAUUAUACUACAGACUCCUGCUCCUCACGUGUCUCAAAAGCAUGUCUGAAGAUGUACAAGCUUCAACAGAGGAGGUUAUAAACUGGAAGGUGACUGCUGUUAAGAUGAGCGAAGGAAGGAUGUCAGAGUGGCUUGUUGUUAGUUAAACUGGCUGGUAAAAGGUCAUCAAAGUUGAAUUCUGAUUUAUUGAUGGCAUUUAUGCAUUUUUCAUUCUGAUGUCACCAGGUCAUAUUUACCAGCAGCUCACUGGUUUGUGUCUGCCAGACUUGGUUGAUUCUGAGUCACAAAUAUCAAGAAUUAAUAUGGUACUCUGAUCGCCCACUUGAUAAAAAGAACUACGUUUGUAUCCAAAAACUAAUGGCAUUCUACUGAUCUGAAUUCUAGCGGUUAGCAAGCUAGUACAGUUACGGUUAACAAAGGGAACUUAUUAAUGUCAUGGACUGCAGACUGACAUCUGACUUUUUUGAGUUUAUACUCUUAACAGAGCAAGGUAAAUGAUGACACACGGCUAAUGAAGUAGCUUCCUCCAUUUUGAACUUUGCAACUCUUCCUUCUCCCAAAGGUCAACACUGAUAUGAAGGUUUGAAUAUCAUCAUGCUGUCAGAAAAUGUCUCUGAUGCAGGUGCUGACAUGACAAGGACCUCAGAAAGAAUGAAAUGAGUAAAACCCUAGAUUGUAGAAUUACAGGUAUAACCAAAUGAUCUCUAGUGUUGUGUAGAAUAUGUAAAAUGAACUGCAAGUAAUCAUUAUUUUCAGCACUGCUUAAUCAGUAAUCACUGAUUUAUUUUCCUGGUUAAUCGAAUAGUUUCUAGGUUAUAGAUUUACAUAUAUAGUUUAAAAAAAACUAAAUGUCCCUCUUUCAUUCUCAUAACAUUUCAAGUUGAGUGUGAUUCUUCUCUCUUUAAUUUUUACAGAAGAAACCAUGUUAUGACUUUGUGACAGUAGUUAAGCCUCAUGCUUACGGGAAAUAUUCAAAUUUUCAACACUUUACUGUAAUCUGACUAACAACUAGUUGGAUCUAGAGAAUCAGUCGACCUCUCGCUGUUAUCUGAGCUGUACGUAUCUCCUUCUGCUGUAGCUGUUGCAUUAUCAGGAAUAAAAACAUUUCCAAAACUUGAGAA